GCAGCCAGCCCUGCCUCCCCCUCCUCCAACCACCUCUAUAAACACACAAGGCUUACUCAGAAGAUUAGAAGGGAACAGGGUAAAAGACAAGAGUCUCUUUUGUAAUGGGAGUGAGAUUAAGGCAUCAAGUGACCAGCUACAGCUCCCAAGGGGGUUUCAGGCUCCUUAGAGCCCUGGAUCUUCAUCAAGUUCAAUUCCCCAUGAGCCCAGGGAGCGGUGGGCGAAGGAGGUGGCGUGUGCCACAAAGAACCCAGCCAGAACACAUGCAAGACCAAACUUCAUAAGUCUGCAGUGCAGUCCAGGAGCUGGUGUCUGAUCUAUGAUGACGGUGACAUACACAAAUCGUGUGGCUAAUGCCCGCCUGGGCACUUUCUCGCAGCUCCUGCUCCAAUGGAAAGGGAGCAUCUACAAACUCCUCUACUGUGAGUUCCUUAUCUUCAUCACUCUCUACUUCACCAUCAGUCUCAUUUACAGGCUGGUCCUGAAUGAAAGCCAAAGGCUGAUGUUUGAGAAGCUGGCUCUGUAUUGCAACAACUACGCUGAGCUGAUCCCCGUGUCCUUCGUACUGGGUUUCUACGUGGCCCUAGUGGUGUCUCGCUGGUGGGCACAGUAUGAGAGCAUCCCUUGGCCUGACCGCAUCAUGAACUUGGUCUCCUGUAAUGUGGAUGGACAGGAUGAAUAUGGGCGCCUCCUGCGGCGUACAAUGAUGCGCUACAGCAACCUGUGCAGUGUGCUGAUCCUCCGCUCUGUCAGCACUGCUGUCUACAAGCGCUUCCCAAGUAUGGAACAUAUUGUGAGAGCAGGCCUCAUGACACCAGAAGAACACAAGAAGCUUGAGAGCCUGCAUUCCCCCCACAACAAGUUUUGGAUCCCAUGCGUGUGGUUCUCAAACCUAGCUGUGAAGGCACGGAAUGAGGGCAGGAUCCGGGACAGCGUGCUCCUUCAGGGCAUCCUCAAUGAACUAAAUACUUUGCGAAGCCAGUGUGGGAGGCUCUACGGAUAUGACUGGAUCAGCAUCCCUCUGGUCUACACUCAGGUGGUCACAGUGGCUGUUUAUAGCUUCUUCCUGGCCUGUCUGAUCGGCCGGCAGUUCCUGGACCCAGCCAAGGCCUAUCCCGGCCAUGAGCUGGAUCUUUUUGUGCCUGUCUUCACCCUCUUGCAGUUCUUCUUCUACGCUGGCUGGUUAAAGGUGGCUGAGCAGCUCAUCAACCCAUUUGGAGAGGAUGACGAUGACUUUGAAACCAACUGGCUCAUUGACAGGAACCUGCAGGUCUCCCUUCUGGCUGUGGAUGAAAUGCACCAGGAUCUUCCCAUUUUGGAGAAGGACCUAUACUGGAAUGAUUCCGACCCUCAGCCACCUUACACCGCAGCCACUGCUGAGUACAAGCGGCCAUCAUUCCUUGGCUCAACCUUUAACAUCAGCAUGCAGAAAGAAGAGAUGGAAUUCCAGCCACUGGAGCAAAUUAAAGAGAACGAAGAGGCAAACCACUCUACCCCAUUGCUGGGCCAUCUGGGCCGUCUCCUAGGUGUCCGCUCACCCAGUUUCUCUAGGUCCUCUUCCCCAAUGAACCUACUACGCAGGAGGAAUGACCCCACAUCUCCCUUCCCUCAUUAUUUUUACCAAGAUGUGGGCAAACAUGGAAGCCCCCACAGUGUCAAUCAGCACAGGGGAGACUUCUCCCAUCCAAGUUCCAGCUCUCCUGACCAGUGGGACGAAGACAGGAAACUGAGAGAGUUUGAGGCCUUCAUGUCAACCCCCUUCUUCGAGAGACCUGGAUUCUACAGUGCUCCACAAACACCCAUCAGCUCUAUCCCAAUGAUCUUUCCCUCCAGACGACCAGGCCGCAAGAAGCCCCCUGCUCUCUCCAGCAUCGCUGCAUGCUCAGCUUCUCUGAGAGAGAAUUUUGCCAACUCUUCACCUUCAAGAGCUAGUGACAUGGACAGAAGCCAAAGUUCCCUUGGUUCUGGAGUUAAGGAAACUUUUGUUUGGCCAACAGAACGAGGCAGAGCCUGGGACUCCCUGGUGGUGACAGUAGAGGAAGAAAGGAACAAUUUGAACAGCAAAAAUAAAGAGGCUGGCCCUAUCAGGAGUCCAGUUCAGUCCACCACAUCAGAAAGCCCCAAAUUCCCUUUCAUAGCAGAAUCUCCAGACUGUGAAAAGCAGGAUGGCUUCAAGAGCCUGAAGAGCGUGAAAGGCUGCCGACAUCCCCGGCUGACUCUGGAGAACACGGCACCAGUUGGCACCCCAAACUCAGAUCACCCCAGUUCCUUUCACACACCCAAUGGUAACAGCCCCCUUUGCUUUUCUUUCACACCAAUGACCUCCCCUGUGCUUGAGAGAUCAUCCUUCAGAAAUACUGGCACUAUUCCUGUCCCAAGCUCAGAUGAUGCACCUAGUGCCCCAGACCAGGCUUCUGGGGAGUUGCCUGGGACUACUAGAGAUAUAAGAAGUGAAAGUGCAAGUGCUCAAUACCCCAAGGAGCAGAAGAGUGCAGAGAGCCCCUCCCCUAAUGACUCCGGCAUUUCUUUAGCAGAGGGUGACUUUGUGGGGCUGAUGGAAGUGAUAAUGGAAACUUGUGAGAACGUUUCUGAUGAAGAGAAAGCAGAGAGGUACAGCUAACAGCAGAGAGCAAACCGGCUCAUUCUAACUGCUGAAAUACCUCCUAUGCUGACAAUUUCAGUUGCCUUUACAUCCAGCUAUAUUGGUGCUCAACAUUAUUACAGGUUUAUACAGAAAAAGUACAGAACCAUACCAUACGCUGGCAGAGAGCUUCAGUACCCAAAUGAAAGACUGGACUCCUAGCACUAAAGACUCACCAGCACUCACCCUACUGCAGUAGAGCUAAUGAGAACUAUUCCGAGAACAUCACUACUAACAGCAUAAGAAAACCCUGCUAUGAUUUAAAAAAUGUGAAUUUUAAAAAAAUUAUUACUUUUUCAUAAAUAGCAAGCCCCUAGGAAUGAAGAAUAAUUGACCUAGCAUCCACCUGCAAAGAACUUGAGCACAUGAGGAUUAAAACUAAUAUAUUUGCCAAGCACACCUGCAAACAGUCACUGCAUUAUAAACCCACAACACAACUCAGUCUUACUAUUGCCUGUCAAAAGACCAGAUGCAGAGAUAGCGUCUAUAAGGGGGUACAUACAAUUGUAAUGAAACAUGAUAAAUUUUAAGAGAAAAAAAUAUUUCAAUAAUCAGGGGCAUAUUAUUUGCAAUAUGAAUUUAAGAUGUAUUAGCAAAACUGAAGGUAGUUUAUGACUUUAGGAUUCAAAUAAAAAAGGGGAUUAAGCAGAAUAGCAGCUGAGGCAGAGAACAUAAAGGGCUGUGACAUUGACUGCAGAGUCCAACCACUUCUUUCCAAAGUUUUUACUCAUUCACUGUUCAUCCCCAUACAACUACUGAGUCAUUGUGUUAUCAUUAGAGGUGGCAACUAGAGGUACUUGGAGGAUAAAUAUUAAAAAAAAUGGGGGAGUGUGUGGAACUUGGCAUAUGAAUUAGUUACACAUAUAUCCCAACAUGCAACCUGACAAAAAGAAGUAAAAGCUGCAGGUGUUUCACUUCCUCAUUCUUGUUCAGAGACAUGAGCAGCAAACCAAACAUGCUACAGCAAAAGGACACAGAUGCAGCAGGGCAGGAAGUCUUGGAAGGUUAGCAACUGACUAAAGUUUAUAGCCUCUUAUUAACUCUUCCAAGUCACAAGUCUGUCCUAGUAAAUUUUUCAUUUUACAUUUGUUUUAUCCCCACUAUCACCCCUGCACCACACACCCCCAGUAAAAGGAAGAAACCUAGCAUCUAAAAUUAGCACACUCAUCUGCUUUCCCAGAUCUUCAGCACUUAGACAACCUGUGAACUGAUGAUCUUUCUAGGAAGUACCUAUAAAACAAUUUUCCAGAACACUCAUUAAAGUUUUAUUUUGAA